CAAAGUUAUUGUAUCAUUUAACAUUAUUUUCAGUAUACGUAAAUCUAACUCGUAAUUCUAAAUCUUUUAUAAAUCUACAAUGAAACUUCGUAAGAACCCGCUGCCAAAUAAUGCCGGCGAUAUUGCGUGCUUCCUACUGAUUGGCUUGGGCGUGCCAACAAUCGUCAUAUGGGACCUUUUUAUUGUAUUACCGGCAGUCUACGAACCCGGCAGCUUCAUGUACAAUUUUACCUUCGUAUUUAGCUUAUUUCUGUUAUUCAAUCUAGUGAGUAACAUGCUGUUCUGCAUACUGGUUGAUACCAGCUACGAUCCUAAAAUACUUGAACCACCACAGCCAGGGAGCGGAGACCGAGAGAACUGGCAUCAUUGUGAAUCCUGCAAUUGCUUAGCACCGCCAAGAGCUUGGCAUUGUAAAACUUGUGGUAUUUGCAUUUUGAAACGCGAUCAUCAUUGUAUAUUUACGGGCUGUUGUGUUGGCCACAAAAAUCACCGCUAUUUUAUGCUCUACGUCGGAUAUCUGGUUAUUGGUUCGUUCUAUGCGCUGGCCUAUAACUUGUACUAUUUGUUUGUGAUUAGGGCAGAUAUCUAUACACAAACAUUUUAUCAUUUUCAUAUGUUCACUAUGCCUAUCCUGUUAUUACGUGGAUACGCUGUAUUUAUGCCGGCUAUCUUUCUUAUGCUAAAUCUUGUAGCUGUAUCAAUUAGUGCGUGUAUUUUUCUCGUACAUUUUAAUCUUGUAAGACGCUCUGCAGUCUUUGCGGACAAGGAUAGGUCUAAGUUCGAUCUUGGCCUCUAUCGUAACCUCCAAAGUACUUUCGGAACUCGCGUAAACUUAGUGUGGAUCAGCCCGUUUAUCAAAAGUCCAUUACCUGAUGAUGGUUUUCACUGGCCGGAGUCUGGAGAUCAACGUUUAAAAGAAAUCUCUUAAAAAUUUGGACUCGAAACGCAAUUUUGUAAAAUUAUGGCCAAGUCCUCCUUCAAUAAUAUCCGUUAACAUAUCCGAAUCCAUUGGACUCUCAUCAAAGACUAGAAUUUGGCUUAUGGUGAAUUGAAUUUCAUCCUUUAAAUUUGAAAUUAGAAAUCUGUCAGUUACAAUUACUAAAAAAUGUAACUAUAAAUAUGCUUACCUUGUCUGCAUAUUCCAUAUAAUGCACUGUGUUAAGCCAAUAAAGAUCGGCUUCAAAUAUUGGCACUGCAGCUGGACUUAAGCCAUGUCCAAACUGUAUUGAAUAACAAAAAAUUUUGUUUAAUAAACGGAAUACGAGAAAAACAAAAAAUGGCACAGACGGCA